AUGGGUAUCUUUGCUGCAGGCAUUGCGAAAACAAAGAACAAAAAUUACGUCGUCUGCAGUCCGAAAUUGCGGAUGGGCGAAUUUGCAUCCACCUUUACGCGAGUCACUGGCCAGCCAGCGAUUUAUUCCCCAAUCUCGAUGGAUGAAUGGGCUAAUUUGGCGUCCAAAGCGGUAGGAACUGGAUUCAAGGAGGAUAUCCGCCAAAUGAUGGAAUGGAUCUCGAUAGCGCCAGAGGACAAGAUUUGCUACGGGGCUCUUGACCCAGCCGAAGACUCUUCCUGA